UCUUCUGUUCUGUUGUAGCCACAUCAUGGAGCAUUUAGAAGGUGUGAUUGAACAGCCAGAGUCGGACAUGACGCCUCAAGAGCUGCAGCUUCACUAUUUCAAGAUGCACGACUACGAUGGCAACAAUCUGCUGGAUGGACUCGAACUCGCCACUGCCAUUACUCAUGUUCAUAGAGAGGAAGGAGGAGAUGAUAGCCAGCCAAUGAAAGAAGAGGAUCUCAUCAACCUCAUUGAUGACGUCCUCCGAGACGAUGACAAAAACAAUGAUGGCUACAUCGACUACGCAGAGUUUGCCAGGUCUCUGGAGUGAAAGACGAGAGGAAGAGCCGCUGCCUUACUGUGAAUGCAGAUUACCUCUGAUGUACAAAUCUCCAGCACAUUCCUUCACGUGCGUGCGAUUUCACAGGCGCAGUAUAUUCAUGCUUCAAUAUAACCUGUAUAGAUGUCAGACAAUGAAGUGGUGAGGGUCAUGAAGUGACGUGAGAUGUUUUGUACGUAUGCCAUCAGUGUAACAUGUAUUCAUUGUUGCACUCACAUCUGCAUAUGUCUUGUCACAAUGGACCUUAAUGUAUAAACUGCCAAAUUUAUCCACUGUAAACAAGCAUAAAUUAUGUUAUUAUUGAAUAAAUCCUUUGCAGUGACACUCUCCUGCAAAGCUGAUUGUUAAAUGAAGCUAAAGUGGAAUAUAAUAAUUGCUGCUCUGCUCAUGAAUGAUGGCAAACAUAUGCUCCUUCUGCCUUAAAGGGAUUAUCACUGUUACUGUCAUUAUAAAAAUACUCAUUCAGAAUGUUUUGAAAUGACAGAGUACUUUAUUGGUGAGCACACACUUUAUUGAUUUAUCUUGAUUUACAUAUAAAUGUGCAAUACGCGUGUUUGGAGAUGUACAUCUUAAUGAAUCUCUCUGUAGCCCUAAUGUUGAUUUGGAUGAUGUUAUAAACAAGUGCCAGAAUAUUAGAAAUAUAUUUGAUGGUGUUAUGCAUUUCUAAAACAGGAAUCGGAUCCUCCGAAACAUCAUGGUGCGUUGAUUUUUAGCUUGCUAUUAGAGCCUGAAUGUACACAAAAUGUCAUAUAGGUCAAUGACAUGACGCUCAUUUUGUCUGAAUUUAUUAGGAAAUUUUAAAUGUAAUUUAUCCAUAUAGUGACCUUAAUACAUUUCUCUUUCAUGAUGUUUUUAUUU